AUUGUACACUUAAAAAUGGUUAAAAUGGUCGAUUUGUGUUAUGUGUGUAUUUACCACAGUAAAAAACUCAUAUCCUUAUAUUUUCAUAUCACUUGCUAUUUUUCUUAUUUUUUAAAAGACAUAUUACAUGCAUGGAUGAAUGAAUAACAUAAAGGGGUUAUUCUGUAAUCCCAGAGUGUUGGGGUUAUUCUGUAAUCUCAAAGUGUUGGGAUUACAGGCGUGAGCCACCAUGCCCGGCCCCUGUCUUUCUAUAAUGAUAUUUUAUUUUUAGAUAUGAAACUAUUUGUAAGCUCCAUGCCCGGUAUGGAUAUUUUGUUUUUAGGUAUGAAACUAUUUGUAACCAUCAUGCCCAGCCGCUGUCUUUCUAUAAUAAUAUUUUAUUUUUAGGUGUGAAACUAUUUGUAAGCUCCUAAAGGAAAAAGCUGUGGCUUUUUUUUUUCUUUUCUUGAGUCUCCUACAAUGUCUAUGUACCCAAUGAGUGCUUGCUGAUACACGAAACUAAGGGACAGGUAUCUGUGGAAGGCUUAGACUUAAAAAAUUCAAAGACUUUGUUACCUGGAAUCAAAGCACCAGUGAUGGCUCUUAUAGUAAUUUCUUUUCUCCUGUUCCAUUUAAGUAGCCCCUGAUGAUUUCUCUUUGGCUAACAAUGGUAUAGGAAGAGGCAUGACUACUUUCAUGUUCUCUAGGACUUGAAUUUUGGUUAAAUAGUGGUGUUUCUCAGUCAGGACCUAUGAUGUGCUUCACAUUCACACUCAGGGACACACUCCACCCCUGCCAUGCCCUCCGUGUAUAGCGCAGAGCUGUGAGAGAGCUGCCUCCUCUAGUCAGUUCCCUGUUUCCACAUCUUCUUCCUUCAGUGUGUCUUGCUUUCUGCUUUACACUCUCUGUCGGAGACCAGUCCCUCAUGACAUGAUGGAUGUUUGCAGUGGCUUCUGAACUGGCUUCUCUGCCUUUUCUCCUCGAAGCUAUUUUACAUAUGGCCAACAGAUUAAUCUUCCAAAAAUACUGCUUUGUUCAUUUCCUUGCUCGAAAAGCCCCUUUAUCAGCACUUUGUUUACUAGAGAACAGACUCAAACCUCCCAACUCUGGACUGAUGGCCUCUCUCUUUACUGUCUGGCUUCUCUAAUCAGAGUCCUCUCUUCUUGAACACCAACUUUUCCUCUGUGCGAGACUGGUUUUCUGAUUGUGCUUUUCUGUCAUGCAGUUUCCUUAACUGUAAAGGCCUUCCUCCCUCCUGUCACUUCAUUAAGUCCCUGGCCUGGCCUUAUCUGGCCUUCCUACUGGACCUCAUCUCGCACUUCUCCCUUCCUUGUUGAAUAGGCUCAGGCCACACUGCUCUUUCAAUUCCUCAUCUAUGCCACACCUUCCACCCCAGGGCUUAUGCCCCUACUGUUUCCCCUGAGUAGAACACUUUUCCUCUUUUUUUUUUUUUUUUUUAAAAAAAAAAAAGAACAAAACACUAUUGACAUUUUGGACCAGAUAAUUCUUUGUCCUUUGGGGCUGUCUUGUGCAUUAUCUGAUUUUAGCUACUUCCCUAGCUUCUACCCACUGAAUACUAAUAGUACCCUGCCUCCAGUAAUGACAACCAGAAAUGCCUCCAGACAUUACCAGAUGUCCCCUGGGGGCAAAAUUGCCCCCUCGUUGAGAUAUACUGCCCUAGAUCCUUCCAGCUAAUUCCUGUCGGUCCUUGAGUUUAAGCUUAAAUGUUGCUUUUUCACAGAAGUCUUCCUCGACCAGUCUAUUGAAAAUUUCCUUACCUCAUCAUCAUUUAACCAAGCAUCCUUUUUCUUCAGUUCUUCUGAUCUGAAAUGAUUUUUAUUGAUUUGUUUGCCGCCUCUCAUGAGAAUGUCAGUCCCUACAAGAGCAGGGACCGUAUGUUUCUUUUGUUGGCUGCUCUGUCUCCUAUGUCUUCAAUAAUGCAUGGCAUAUAGUGGAAACAUAAUAAGUAUUUGUUGACUGAGAGAAUAUGGUCCUUUUCUUCUGUCAAGGUUGAGUUUUCUCAUUUCCCAUUAGCCUCUGAUAUUCUCUCUUCCAAACUACCCCUAGUACUUGGAGUCCCUGACAUGCUUAUUGAUAUUUAUAUGUUUAUCUCCUAAGUCCAGCUGGAUUUUAGGCCCUUUGAAAGCAGGGGCCAUGACAUUUGUUUAGUCAUUCAAUUCACAACUGUAUGUUAGUGGGGGCCACUGCGGCGAAUGCUGGGGAUACAACAGUAACAACAUACAGUCUUUACCCUCAAGGGACUUUCAGCCUAGUUGGGGAGGCAAAGAAAUAAGCAGGUCGUAUGAUGAGUGUCAUGAGAGGAGUGCUCCCUGGUGUGUGGGAACACCAGAAAGGGUUCCCAAACCAGGGCACUGUCUUCUGUGUAAGUAGCAUCUGUGCCUAGACUGGAAGUCUGAGCAGUCUAGUGAAAUGGGGGUUGUAGGUGGGAGGUUGGCAGGAAGACAUUUCUAAACCAUAGGAAUAGCAUAUCCAAAGGCUUGGAGGCAAGAGGAAAUUCUAUCUGUAUCAGGAAAAUAGUUCACUGUGCCUAGAACAUAGAGCAGGAAUGGAAGAGUGGUCAGAGAUGAGGCUGGGGAGCUGCAGUAGAAACAGGAAGCAGGUGUCUGUGUCGUGUAGAACUUCAUAAAGCAGGCUGAGUGUUAGGUCUUUAUCUUUUUAUUGUUUUUAAACUCAUCUUACUAUCAUUCCUAAAGGUCGUUUUCAUUUACCCCUUGACAUUAUUCAUUCAUCCAUGUAUGUAACAUGUCUUUUAACAAAUAGGAAAAAUAGCAAGUGAUUUGAAAAUAUAAGGAUAUGAGUUUUUUACUGUGGUAAAUAUAUACAUAACAAGAAUUGACCAUUUUAGCCAUUUUUAAGUGUACAAUUCAUUGGCAUUAAGUACAUUCACAAUGUUGUACAUCCAUCACCACUAUCCAUUUCCGAAAUUUUUUCAUCAUGUCAAACAAAAACUGUAUCCAUUAACGGCAACUCCCCAUUCCCUCCUCUUCCCACCCUCUGGUAAUCUCUAUUCUGUUUUCUGUCUUUAUGAACUUUACUGUUCUAAGUACCUCAUAUAAGUGGAAUCACACAACAUUUGUCCUUUUGUGUCUGGCUUAUUUCACUUAGUAUAAUGUUUCCAGUGUUGUAGUAUAUACUGUAGUCCCCCCUUAUUUGCAGGAAAUGUAUUCUCAGACUCCCAGUGGAUGCCUGAAACUGUGAAUAGUACCAAACCCUAUAUUUACUAUGUUUUUACAUAUACAUACGUGCUUAUAGUAAAGUUUAAUUUAUAAGUUAGGCACACUGAGAGAUUAACAACAAUAAGAUAGAACACUUAUAAUAUACUGUGAUAAAAACUCAUGGUGUGAAUAUGGUCUCUUGUGGUCUCUCUCUCUCUCUCUCUCUCAAAAUACCUUACUUACAGGUGCUCAUCUAUUUUCAGACCAUAGUUGACUGCGGGCCUCCGAAGGGUUUACCUGACAAAAGUUUGAUCAACUGUACUAAUAGACUUCCCAAACUUCCAGUGUUGAAUUUGAAUGAGACGCAACUUCCCUGCCCUGAAGAUGUUAGAAAUAUGGUUGUAUUGUGGAUCCCAGAAGAAACAGAGAUACAUGGGAGCCAGCAUGGGAAGAAGAAAAGGAAGAACUUGACAGUGAAAAGCAAGUCAUUUCUGGGUCUCUCCGAAAAUCAGUCCGCAGAAACACGAGUGGGAACUCCAGGGAUGACUGUGCCUCCCCCAACCCCAGUGCAAUUGUCUAAACAAUUCAGUUCAGAUUUCCUACCUCUCUGGGCUCAAUCCGAAGCAUUACCUCAGGAUCUACUGAAGGAACUUUUGCCAGAUAGAAAGCAAACCAUGCCCUGUCUGGAGAUGAAGAUAAAAUUGGCCAUGAUGAAAAAGAAUCUUCCCUUGGAAAGGAACCGACCUGACAGUGCGAUUUCUUCUAAAAUGUUUCUGUCUAUACACCGCCUCACCCUGGAAAGACCCGCACUGCGAUAUCCUGAACGUUUGAAGAAAUUACAUAACCUGAAGACAGAAGGUUACAGGAAACAGCAGCAGUGGCAACAGCAGCAGCAACAGAGGAAAGUGAAAACACCUAUUAAGAAACAGGAGGCUAAAAAGAAAGCCAAGAGUGAUCCAGGGAGCCAGAGCACUUCACAUAAACAUCCAGUUACCACUGUUCAUGACCCUCUCUAUGGUUACAGAACUCUGCCAGGUCAGAACAGUGACAUGAAGCAGCAGCAGCAGAUGGAAAAAGGAACCACCUCGAAACAGGAUUCCACAGAGAGACCAAAGAUGGACUACUGUGACCAUGUGGAUUUCCACCACAAUGUAAAAAGUCCUGAAUUGUAUGAAGCAGAACCCACUAACAAGGACAUUAGUGCUCCGGUGGAAGCUGUGUUAGAAGCCCAGGCUGCCAGGCAAAAGAAGAUCUCCUUUAACUUUUCGGAAAUCAUGGUUAGAACAGGCUGGAACUCUGAGCUCAAACUACUGAGGAUUCUUCAGGAGACUGAUGAUGAGGAUGAGGAGAACCAGUACUCUGAGGCAGAGAAGCCUCUGGAGGAAUAGACUGAAGGCAUCCCCUGGGGCAGCCGUGUUCCAAAGUGGGAUGGUUGGUAUCCUGAGGGCAGCAACGUUUCACGUAAGGGCAAGAGGAGAGGGGCUUCUGCUCUCUGGAGCCUUUACCAGGGCCUGAGAUCUGAGCUUAGGGAUUCAGUUUUCUUCAUUCACCUCUACUUGCCUCUAAAAUAAAUGUAGGAGAAAAAUCCCCAGCCCUUUUAAAUUUAGAUUAUUUCUCUUGCAUUAGGGUCAGUAUAAUUUUGGUGAUUAAACACAACUGCUUCUCAAU